GGGCUGCAAGUGUCAAACAGCAGCAGAGCCAAACUAGCAGUGUACCAAGAGCUGCUCCUCCUCCUCUUUCUCCUCCUCCUUGUGCGGUCUCACCAGGUCUCAUCAGGCAAAAGCAACUUCCUGGCAUUGCACACAGCUCCUCACCAGCUGUUAGGAAAGAACUGCUGGUUCCAAGGGAGGGUGCCUCAGAGAGGCUUGUCCAGAAUGCUUUGGGUGGUCUUCAGCAAGGAGGUGAGCACACAGGAAAGCAUCCACUGAUGGAAGAUGAUGCCUCUGGAGGGGAGAGAUGCUGUGGUGAGGCACCUUCGGGCAAAGUUCCAACAGAACAGGAAAGAACCUCCCAAAGUGGGUGGCUGGCCAGAGAGUCCCCCUGCAGCCUCUCAUGGACCAGAGCCAGGACAGACUUCUGCCAUGGCCUCCAAGGGUGAUCCUCCUCAGGAGGCCCCCUGGAGCAGGAGGGACUGCAGCAGGGCCUCUCCACCUCACAGUACAGGUCAGAGUUUGGGACAGCAUUCACCUCAUUCUGCCUGCGAGAGCCCGGCACGAAUGGUGUGUCGCAAGAAGGGGACAGCUCCGGUUGCCAGCUUCCACCCGGUGCCUGCAAGGCCAGGAGGAGAAGCGUUGAACAAGAAGGUGGAAGCCAGCGCUGAUCUUCCCCACAGGAAGCCAGCCCAGCAGACACGGCCACCUGCCAAAGACAAGGGGGUUCCAGUUGUUGUUGCCAAAGGUGCAGCUGCUGCAGCCUCCCUGCUUGCUGUGGGAAGCCCCCAAGGGAUGGAGCACCCACCUCUGCUCCGGAGGAAGCCUUUGCCACACGUCAGGGCACUGGGAGUGAAGCCAGGCAAGCCCCCGCGCCCUCCUGAUGUGGAUUUGGCAAAGUUCAGAGCAGCUGCACAUCCUGGGAUGUCCGUCUGUCCUGCCACAGAACCACCAAGGAGUGCUCAGCUGGGUCACCUGCAACCAGGCUGUGCUGCAUCAGUGCCUGCACGGUUCCCACUGCAGGAUGCUCCGAGUGGCACGGGGGAUGAAGAUGAGAUAUAUGAUGAUGUUGAGCCUGUUGAGCUGGCCAGGAGAAGCCCAGGCCUUCUGCUGCCUUCUGUGUCCCAGCUGCCAGUGCGUCCCUGUCCCAGAGGAGGUGGAACUGCUGGCCGAGCCUCUAACAGGGUUACCUUGCUGGCAGCUACACAGAGAGAAUCCCAGGUCUCCCAGAAGAUGAAGACCAUGACACUCAAGGCAUGCAAGAAGGAAGAGAAGAUGGACAGGGAGUUUCAGAAGAAAUUCAAGUUCAAAGGCAGCAUCAGUGUCCUGACUCAGAUGAUGGUCGACCCUGCAGCGACAGAGAAGAGGGGCAGAGUGAAGAACCUGCCACUGAGACCGGGAGAAAUCCUUGAUGUCAUUCAGUUUACAAAUCAGGAGCAAAUCCUCUGCCGGAACAGCCAGAGGAGGUAUGGCUAUGUGCCCCGGGCCGUGAUGCUGCCUCUGGACACUGACAUCUAUGAUGACGUUGAGAUUUAUGGUAGGUGCACAGAACUGCUGCCAUACCCCUUCACUGGCCAUGGUUACCACCACACCAAGCACCAGGAUUCCCCUCCUCCUGACCCUUUGCUAUUUUGCUGCCUUCUCUCUCUCUCUUCCCUCUGUGUAAUUCCUCUUCCUCUACCUGAGGUAUCUGUUACUUAUUCACAGUUCCCUAAAAGUCUUCAUGUUCCUCUGUUCCCUAUUAUUUGGACUUCUCUGCACCCUCUUCUCAGCUUGCUCCCUCCACUUGCUCCCAGCCCCAGGGCCCCUUCCAUGUCCUUUGAGGUGUCCCUGAUCCCCCAGACAGCUCAGACUUCCCUUUCCCAAGCAGUUGUUCUCUCCUGACAUGCCAACACCACCCCCUGGCUGGCAGUUGGCUCUGAAGAUGGAACUGAAUAGAGACAACUGUAUUUCAGCUCUGCUCACAAGCACACACUUUACCUAAU